ACCAAGCCUUCUGGUUUCUGGAGAUUUCAUGUAAGAAAAGGACAAACCCCAAACCCCUUCCCCUCUCAUCUUGGGUUGUUUAGACUGUUUUUUUCGCCCCCCCCCCCGUCUUUUUUUUUUCACUCGAUCGGAUAAUGUGGACCUUCAAAGCGCUGGGAGUAUGACAAAAGAUUUUGGGAUGCUGGACUUGUGCUGCUCGUUUUGUUCCUCUCUUUUUACUUAAAUGCCAACACGGUGAAUGCGUCGGACAGAGUGGACAAGCCUGCUGUUAGAGGUCCGCAUACAGAAAGUCAACAUCUUGUCUUUUUCUUGAUUUUUAUUUUUUCUGCCCGAGCGACUUCAGAAGGAUGUAACGACCGAUCCACCUUGUGCAGCUGAAGUCUCCUCAUCAAAAUGCAGAAGGGAAUACGACUUAAUGAUGGUCAUGUCACCUACCUGGGGCUUUUGGCAAAAAAGGAUGGUACGAGACGAGGGUGCUUGAGCAAAAAGAGCUCUGACAACACGAAAUGGCACACAAAGUGGUUUGCUUUGCUACAAAAUAUGCUCUUUUAUUUUGAGAACGAGUCCAGCUCUCGACCCUCGGGAUUAUACCUGUUGGAGGGAUGCAUAUGCGACAGGGCGCCUUCACCGAAACCUUCACAGUCAGCCAAGGAGUGUUUGGAAAAGCAGUACUAUUUCACUGUCAGCUUCACCCAUGAAAACCAAAAGGCGCUCGAGUUACGCACAGAGGAUGUAAAGGACUGCGAUGAAUGGGUGGCUGCAAUAUCACACGCCAGUUACAGAAACUUGGCCAACGAGCAUGAGACUCUCAUGCAGAAAUAUCUUCAUCUGCUUCAGAUUGUGGAGACGGAGAAAACAGUUGCUAAGCAACUUCGACAACAGAUAGAAGAUGGGGAAAUAGAGAUUGAAAGGCUUAAGUCAGAGAUUGCUGGGCUGCUCAAAGAUAACGAGAAGAUUCACGCCAGCCCCGCAGCCGCCCCAACUGACGACGACUCAGAAAUCAAGAAAAUCAAAAAAGUCCAGAGCUUCCUGCGAGGCUGGAUCUGCAGGAGGAAGUGGAAGACAAUCAUCCAGGAUUACAUCCGCUCACCACAUGCAGAGAGCAUGAGGAAGAGGAAUCAGGUGGUGUUCAGCAUGUUGGACUCAGAGGCCGAGUACGUCCAGCAGCUUCACAUCCUGGUGAACAACUUCCUGAGGCCGCUCCGCAUGGCAGCCAGCUCCAAGAAACCCCCCAUCACCCACGAUGAUGUUAGCAGCAUAUUCCUUAACAGUGAAACUAUCAUGUUUCUGCAUCAGAUAUUUUACCAGGGUCUGAAAGCCAGAAUAGCAAGCUGGCCAACGUUAGUGCUGGCCGACUUGUUCGACAUCCUGCUGCCCAUGCUGAAUAUCUACCAGGAGUUUGUAAGGAACCACCAGUACAGCCUGCAGAUCCUGGCUCACUGCAAGCAGAACCGAGACUUUGACAAGCUUCUGAAACAGUACGAGGCCAAGCCCGACUGUGAGGAGAGGACUCUGGAGACCUUCCUCACCUACCCCAUGUUCCAGAUUCCCCGCUACAUCCUUACGCUCCACGAACUCCUGGCCCACACACCCCAUGAACAUAUAGAGAGAAACAGUCUGGACUACGCCAAAUCUAAGCUGGAGGAGCUUUCCAGAAUCAUGCAUGACGAAGUGAGCGAGACCGAAAACAUCAGGAAGAACCUGGCAAUAGAGCGCAUGAUCGUGGAGGGCUGCGAGAUUCUCCUCGAUACCAGCCAGACAUUUGUAAGACAAGGCUCUCUCAUCCAGGUGCCGAUGAGCGAGAAGGGCAAGAUCACCCGUGGGCGACUGGGCUCUCUGUCUCUGAAGAAGGAGGGGGAGAGGCAGUGCUUUCUCUUCUCCAAGCAUUUAAUCAUCUGCACCAGGGGUUCUGGGGGAAAGCUUCAUCUCACCAAGAAUGGAGUAGUCUCGCUUAUAGACUGCACUCUUAUGGAGGACCCUGAGGGGACAGAUGAUGAGUCCAAAUCAGACAAGAGUGGCCAGGACAUGGAGCACCUGGACUUCAAGAUUGUUGUGGAGCCAAAGGACAGCCAGUCAUUCACAGUCAUCCUCGUGGCCUCCUCGAGGCAGGAGAAGUCUGCAUGGACCAGUGACAUCAGCCAGUGCAUAGAUAACAUCCGCUGCAAUGGGCUGAUGAUGAACGCCUUUGAAGACAACUCCAAAGUCACAGUGCCACAGAUGAUCAAGUCAGAUUCAAGUCUGUACUGCGAUGAUGUGGACAUCCGCUUCAGUAAGAUGAUGAACUCCUGCAAAGUGCUGCAGAUCCGCUACGCCAGUGUUGAGCGCCUGCUGGAGAGACUGACUGACCUCCGGUUCCUCUCCAUCGACUUCCUCAACACCUUCCUGCACUCCUAUCGUGUGUUCACCACUGCAGAUGUCGUGUUAGACAAACUCAUCACCAUCUACAAGAAGCCCAUCAGUGCCAUCCCUGCUCGGUCCCUGGAGUUAUUCUUUGCCAGCAGUCAGAACAGUAAACUCCUGUAUGGAGAGCCUCCCAGCUCCCCCAGGGCCAGCAGAAAGUUCUCCUCACCUCCUCCUCUUGCUAUUGCCAAGAAUUCAUCCCCAAACCGCCGACGCAAGCUCUCCCUCAACAUCCCCAUCAUCACUGGGGGCAAAGCUCUUGACCUGGCUGCCCUUAGCUGCUCCUCAAAUGGCUAUGCAAGCAUGUACUCAUCCAUGUCUCCAUUCAGUAAGACCACCUUGGACAUCAACAAACUGUAUGUGUCCAGCCCUAUCGCAAGCAAGAUCCCUGAUGAGGGAGAGGACAAGAAGGACAAGGUGGAGGAUACCUCAGUGUCCAAGCAAGAUCUCUCUGUACGAGAGGAAAGUGACAAUGAUCCAAACCAGAGUGAUGACGGAGACCCAGAAGCCUCUCCCACCAAGUCACCAACUACCCCAAAAAACGUCAAAUGCAAAAACUCCUCAGAGUUCUCCCUGUUUUCCUACAACAAUGGCAUGGUGAUGUCUUCGUGUCGAGAGCUGGAUAACAACCGCAGUGCCCUGUCUGCUGCCUCUGCCUUUGCUAUUGCUACAGCUGGAGCCAAUGAGGGAACACCUACCAAGGAAAAAUAUCGGCGGAUGUCCCUCGCCAGUACUGGCUUCCCAACAGAUCAGAGGAAUGGAGACAAAGAGUUUGUGAUCAGAAGAGCAGCGACCAACAGAGUCCUGAAUGUCCUGAGGCACUGGGUGUCCAAACACUCUCCGGACUUUGAGAGUAACAAUGAGCUGAAGACAAAAGUUAUUGCCUUCCUGGAGGAAGUGAUGCAUGACCCUGAGCUGUUGACCCAGGAGAGGAAAGCUGCAGCCAACAUCAUCAGGACUCUAACUCAGGAAGAUCAUGGUGACAAUCAGAUCACCCUUGAGGACGUGACACAACUGGUGGAAGGAGGUAAGGCUGAUCCCUUUGAGAGCCACUCUGCGUUGGAGAUUGCAGAACAGCUCACUUUGCUGGACCACCUGGUGUUUAAGGUCAUCCCGUAUGAGGAAUUCUUUGGACAAGGCUGGAUGAAGAAUGACAAAAACGAGAAGACGCCUUAUAUCAUGAGAACAACAAAGCACUUCAAUGAUAUAAGCAACCUUAUUGCCACAGAGAUCCUGCGCUGUGAGGACGUGGUCACUCGAGUAGCGGUCAUUGAGAAAUGGGUGGCUGUAGCUGACAUCUGUCGCUGUCUCCACAACUACAAUGCCGUGCUCGAGAUAACUUCUUCCCUCAACCGCAGCUCUGUCUUCCGCCUCAAGAAGACAUGGCUCAAGGUUUCCAAGCAGACAAAAGCAGUGAUUGACAAGCUGCAGAAGCUAGUCUCAUCAGAGGGGAGGUUCAAAAACCUGAGAGAGGCUUUGAAGAACUGUGAUCCUCCCUGCGUGCCCUAUCUUGGGAUGUACCUCACUGACCUGGCUUUCAUCGAGGAGGGAACGCCAAACUACACCGAAGACAACUUGGUCAACUUCUCGAAGAUGAGAAUGAUUUCUCACAUCAUCAGAGAAAUCAGGCAGUUUCAGCAAACAGCAUACAAGAUUGACCUGCAACCAAAGGUAGCCCAGUAUCUACUGGAUAAUAGCUUUGUUCUGGAUGAAGAAAGCAUGUACGAAGCCUCACUCAGAAUUGAGCCUAAAGUGCCCAACUGAUGGGGAAGUUGGUCCACCACAUUAUUUUCUCUGUUAAUAUCACACAUCAGUUAACAUCAACUUUUGUAUAGUUGUACAUGUUUAAGAUAUUUGCUCUUCUGUACAGUAGAUGUUUAAUGACACAAAACCUUUCAGUGUAUAUUUUCUGUUUGUUACUGUUGCCAUGAGUUUCUUUCAACAUUUCUUUGGGAUAUUUCAAGCAUAAUAACAGAGGUCACUUUGGUUGUACACAGCUGUGCCUUCUUAGUGACCAAUGACAUUAUUUUGCAUCAUCUCAUACUGUGUCGACUUUGCACUUUCUGAGCACUCGUGCUGCCGGCCGUUGUUCUCUUUGCUUGAGUUUUAUCGAUGACUGAGUUUCUCUGCAACCAAUGUAGCAUUGUAAAAAUGUAACUGCAUCAAAUCAGGUAAAAGAGCAAAGAGAAUAUAGCUGUAUUUAAAGAUAAAGAAAAAUGAUCAGUGGAGAAGACAUCAGGUAUCUGAAGCAUAACUGUCUCUGUGCUUCCCAAACCAAAACUAGAGGGAUUUGUUUCUUAAUUUCUGUUCACUACUCUAAAGUCAGGGGUUCCCAACUGUUUUUUGCACUGCGGACCAUCUAUGGCUAUGUCAUUGUGGACCAGCCCAAUCAGACAAAAAGGGGAUGAGAACUAAAUGAAAAUUUAGAAUUUAGAAAAUAAAAACAAAGCUACUAAAACUGAAUGAAUGCUCAAUGUGCUAAUGACGGAUGUUACCUCACAUACUCAUAACCUUCUUUGAUUAACAUGACCAAGAGUUUGCCGCCAUGCUAGCAGCUCUGUUAGGUUUCACUUUAGGCACAGCGGAACUUUGAGCCCAAUGAUAACAUCAGUAUGUUAACAUGCUUUUGUUUACCAUGUUCACCAUAUUUGUUUAGUGUGUUAGCAUGCUAACAUUUGCUAAUUACCACUAAACACAAAGGCUGGUGGGAAUGUUGUUAGUUUUGCAGGUAUUUGAUCACAAAGCAAAAUAUUGGACCAAUAAAAAUGUUUUACCAGAUGAUGGCACUAGAUGCAAGUUAUUAUGCAAAGUUAUUAGAAUUGAUCCUGAAAGGGACAUGAAUGUAUCAAAUUUUAUGGCAAUCCAUCCAACAGUCAUGAGGUUUUGUGCUCUGGGAACCAUGGAUAUUUGAACCAAAUUUCAGUACAAUCUAUAAAAAAGUUGUUGAAAUAUGUAUAUGAGGAUCAAAGUGGUGGACCGAUCUACUGACAGGCCACUAGCAUGGCUUAAGUCUAUUGUUGUUGAGAAGGUGACAGGAAGUGAUGAAACCUGCAGAACAGACAUCCUUGUUAUUCAAUUAUUCUAUUCAAUUAUUCAGGUUUUUUUUCCAGCAGAAUCACACAGUUUUUUCGCUGUCCGGUAGCAAAUUUUCUGAAGAUCAGUAGCGGUCCACAGGGGUCGAGAACCUCUGCUCUAAGCCGUGUCUUCUUUCACCUAAAACUGACAAAAUUUGAAGUGUCUUUUUAUUUGUUGUAAAGCAAUACACUCCUUUCUUAGCCUGCUGUCACAUAAAGUGACAAAACUCACUCAGUUUAUUUUAUAAUCAGCUAUAAGCUGUGUAACAACAUACAGUGAUUUCUUUAGAUGAAUUAAAGUGAAAGAUUAGUCAUCAUCAUCAAUCAUAAAAAAAAGAUUAAAUGCGAUGGAAAGUGUUGUACCUUCAGGUUUGGCGAUACUUAUGUAGAGUAAAAGGUUGUUGCUCUUCUGUAAUUAAAAGACAAUCUGUCCUUUUUGCUGUUCCAGUGAUUGUGGAACGUGACUGUAUAUCACUCUGUUAUAUGCAUUGCUGUUUAAAAACUAUGAUAAAACAUAUGUUAAUGACCUCUGCCUGCAGCAUUCAAACACUAUUUUUGUAGUAGUAUAAGAGAGAGUGACCUGCUCUUUAUAUGAACAUGGGAAAGUAUUUUGUACUUUGUUGUUAAUUCACCUCACUGCGAUGUGCUGUACAUUUUGUACAUGCAACCCUGCAUAUUUCUCAAUGUGGAACAGUGUAAUCCUUAAAAAAAAAAAAAAGUUGUAUCUCAAGCUUAAACACAAAAUGCUACAACAGUGUGGUCCUGAAACCAUGACUUAGAGGUAGGAGAUAACAUCAAAGUGUUUUGCAUUUAUACUGUAAUCCUGUCUAUAACCAUUUCUGUUAGCAGGAAUAUAGUAACGUAGUGCUUAUUCUGUGAAUAUUUGUAUGUAUUUUUACUAUGUAUGUACAGUACACUUUUGAAGCUCAUAUGGCAGGCAUGCAACACCUUCACAUACAGAAUAAUACUCUAUACUUAUACUGUAUACACUUAUACAUGCACAUACUCUUAUAAGGUAUAUAAACAAAUAAACAUUUUGCUGUUAGCAAUACCCAGUGGUAUGAAAAUUAUCUUUCAGCCCUCAUGUUUCCACACCUUAAGAAAUAUUCACAGUUUUGUAAGAAAACAAAUGAAAAGACAACAAAAGAAAAUAUAUGAUGAUGAUAAUAACAACAAACAAACAUGUUUCCCAGUUACCUCUUGCUAAUAA